UCACGCAGCGGCGGAGAUUUCUCCGGUGUCCGGGUACCGAUUUGUGCCAUUCGAUUUGGCCAUGGAAGUCUUGGUCGAGGCGGCCAGUGAGGUGCCACAAGGCUGUUUCGUGGCGGUGCGACUUGGAGAAAAUCUCAAGCAGCGUCGCUUCAACAAGUCCACCGCGAAGUACUACUUCCCCCUGCCGCAGGAGAAGGGCAAGGCGCGUAUCGAUGUGUACCAAUUGGUGGGUACCUGCUCAGUUCCCGUGGAUCCAGCUGCGAAUGGGACUGAGGAGGUCAACGCUAUUUCAGGGGACUCCAGUGAUAUCGUCAAGUUGCGGGUAAGCACCUGCAACCGCGACCUGAAGCCCGAGGACGCGGCCAAGCAACGCCGCGAGAUCGAGGCUGAGACGAAGGACGCGGCCACGGGAUAUUUGCAAAAGCACGGCAUCGAAGAGAAGCUCGCGGAAUGUCUUCGCACCAUGCUGAGGAUGAAACCUGAAGACCCGGUGGAGUUUAUGUGCAAGUUCUUGUUUCUCGGCUGCUUGCGUUCAGUGGCCAAAGAUCCAUUAAAUGGGUUUAUGGAGGACAUGGAGGAGUAA